UUUGAAAGUCAUCAAUUUGGUUCCCCUUGUCCCUGUAGGAGGAAGAAUGGGAUAAAGAUAUUCCUGAUGUGUCAUUGAUGCGUGUUAUGAAAGCUAAUGCUCCUGAAUGGUGGCUCAUUGGUCUUGGAUUAAUUGGUUCUCUAUUCCUCGGAGCUAUGAAUCCUCUUUUUGCCGUCUUCUUUGGUGAAAUUAUUGAAGUAUUUGCUAGACCAGCUUCUGAGGUACUGGAUGGACUCCAUUUGUGGGCGGGGCUUUUCCUUGUAAUUGGAAUUACUGCUGGAGCAGGAACUUUCCUAAAAUCAUUUUGUUUUACGGUUGCCGGUGAGAAUCUUACUGCUAGAUUGAGGGAGUGGUCAUUCAAAGCUGUACUGCGUCAGGAAAUCGGCUGGUUUGAUAAUGAAAGGAACUCGUCCGGUAUCCUAGCAACCAGACUGGCACAAGACGCCUCUAGAGUACAAGGGGCUACUGGAUCAAGACUGGGUACUCUCAUUGAAACUUUCGUUGGUAUGUUUGCUUCACUGAUAAUAGCAUUUGUGUACUCCUGGAUGCUGACACUGGUGUUGAUUGGUUUUGUCCCAGUGUUCAUUAUUGCUGGCUUCCUACAGCUCAGGGCCAUCACCGGUCACGCUGGUGAUAAUAAAAAGGCAUUAGAAGAAGCAGGAAAGGUUAGUUAAUUGGGAGGGGCUAGUUAGUAAGAAUCCUU